CUAUUAACAAGCUGGAAGGAGCUCAGGGAAAAAAACAGGGGAGAAGGGAACACCCUCGAAUUGUUUGGGGAUCGCUGAUGUUAUGCUUCUGCCGCUGGAAUCAUGGCUCCCUUUGGAAGGAAUUUAUUAAAAACCCGGCAUAAAAACAGAUCUCCCAGCAAGGAGAUGGCUUCAAAUGAAAGAGAGAUUGUGGUGUGGGUUUGCCAGGAAGAGAAGAUUGUAUGUGGCCUGACAAAACGCACAACUUGUGCAGAAGUGAUUCAAGCACUACUUGAGGAACAUCAAGCAACAUUCGGAGAGAAAAAGGUCCUCUUUGGAAAACCUAGUGAUUAUUGUAUUGUAGAAAAAUGGAGAGGCUCUGAGCGAGUCCUUCCUCCAUUGACAAAGAUUCUGAGACUUUGGAAGGCCUGGGGGGAAGAGCAGCCCAAUUUGCACUUUGUGUUGGUAAAGUCUGAUGCUUUCCUCUCAUUUCCAUUGUGGAAAACAGCUGAAGCUAAGGUAGUACAAAAUGUAGAAAAGCAGUGGGAACUCAGCCCAGCCAAUUACAUGAAGAUGUUGCCAAUAGACAAGCAAAAGAAAAUUGUCAGGAAGACUUUCCGGAAACUGGCCAAACUUAAACAGGACAGCGUUCAGCAAGACAGAGAUAAUAUGGAGACACUGAUUCAUCUGAUCAUAUCUCAAGAUCAUACCAUUCAUCAGCAAGUCCUUAGAAUGAAGGAACUAGAUAUGGAAAUUGAAAAAUGUGAAGCACAAUUCCAUUUAGACCGUGUAGCCAAUGAUGGAGAAAAUUAUGUGCAGGACUCCUAUUUAAUGAUCAAUCCAAGUGAGGCUGAGCAGCAAGGGAGUAGGCCAGAUGAUCAAAAAGAGAUGCACGAAUAUUUCAGCAAAAGUGAGGGAAUUUUACAGGUCGAAGAGAGACUGAAACAUCACAAACAAUUAAUAGAGAAGCUGUGUGCUGAAAUUGAAAAAGAAGUAUAUGGUAUAUGUUCAGAAAAAAAGGAGGAUAUUCGCACAGAAGGAGCUUCUAAUGCUCAAGUAGAAAACUCAAAUUUGGAAAGUGUAAAGUAUGAGCUGGAAAAAAGUAUGAAAGAUGGUCUGAGAAUCAAUUCAUACCUGAGCUGCAUUCAGAAAGAGCUUACCUACAGGGACUCAUUGCUUCAAAAGAAGGAAAAAGAGUAUGAACUUCUUACAGAAGAAUUUAAUUUACUACAUAUUAAAGACAACAUCGAAACUAGGCUUCCAUUGAAUGAAGAGCCACCCAAGGGCAGUGGCAACUCCAGUAACAGCAUUGCAGUUCCUGACUUUGUUCACAGAGUGACUAAUCUGGACAUAAAUGAUACAGACUCUGACACUGGAAUCAGCUCUACACACAGUCAGGACUCUGAAAUAACUUCUGGGGACAUGGUACUGUUAUCAACAUAGUUGAAAACAGUCAUGCAUUUUUGAAAAGUUAUAUUUUGAGGGAUACAUAGAAGAAUAGGUAGACUUUAUUGUCUUGAGAGUUCAGCCUCUUAAGAUGUUACAACUGUGGCACCCCUCUAGCAAAGUAAACAGUGUCUAUGUGCUUAAAAGUAUACUUGUGGUUAAAUGCACAGGCAGUCUCAUGGGUUCACUGCUAACAGGUGCAAAGUUGUUGGCUUUGCUAAAUCAGGACAUACUGUUUAGACCUUGUAAUAUUGAUACUCAGUGAAACAGCAGCAUUCUGACUAGCUUGAACCAAACGCCUGGAGUUUUGAUAUCCCACAACCUUUGAUUUCACAUCUACAUCUCCCUAACUAUUAAGGAAUGUGAAUUAGAGAUUAGACCCAACUAAAUGGAGAGAUUGAUUUUCUACUCUGUUACAUAAGCUUUAUUCAGCUGGAAUUUCCCUGGCAUAUAAUAUAAUCAAGCAUGUAGUCUGUUAAAAAUUAGCUUUUAUGAUGCUGUAAGACAAAAAAAUGCAAUUGUAUUUAUGCUAUAUAUUUAAACUUAGUGCUGAGUUAACAGGAUGGUAGGUUCAAAACCACCUAUGUCCCAAUUUAAAAAUGACCUUACACACAUAGGUAGUUAAUUUCCAUUGUCUUUCAGCACGUCUAACUGCUACUAAGAUCUUUAAAACUCCUGCUCCUCUGCUGUUACCCUGCAGUUGCCAUGGUGAUGCUAUAUGGGCAUAUAGUUUUGCCAGCGGGCAUGUCAGAACUGCCUACCUCCUGUUUCUGUGAGCUGAUCAAAUCCCAAGCUCACACCUAGCCCCAGGGGCAUUUUCAGGAAGGCUUUCUUCUGCUUAUCUCACCAGUAAGAUCCAAUGUCUUGGGCCUCCUCAAAUCAUGACUACCAAAUCAAACAUAAACCAAGAGACAGACAGGGGCCAGACAUUUUUGGCUCUGGCUACUGGUUCCCAAGAGCCAGGUAGUUACUCUUCUCAAACAGCAGAUAGGUUGUCCAAUCCUGUCCAGUACUGAUUUGGAGCAGCAAUACGGCCCUUAUGUUAUCUCCUUGGUGAGAACUUUAGGAUACAACUAAAACUGUUCCAAUUUAAAUAUUGGGCCGUGAGGGAGGGAGAGGAGAGUGUCAAAUUAUUUCACUUAGGAAGUAGUCAUUAAGAUCACUUGUAAAUUCAGAAUUGAAGUAUAUGUCUCCCCAGUUACCGAACAAGAUUUCUAACUCUGAGCUAGAGACUUUGCUAACAGAGAGAACAUGAGUAAUUUCUGGGUUGCACACUGAGGGUUGCCAUGUUUCUGUUUUGCAGAUCAAUCUGUUUAAGGCUCUUGAAAACAUAAUGUAAAUCUAAUUAACUGAAUUGAAUGGAGAAAGAGUUACAGCAUUUCUAAAUGAAGUUUAACUCCAACAAAGUUCAAACAGAUACUGGAAUUAAAAGCCUUCAAAGUAAAUGAAAGAACAAUACCUAGAUGGAAUAAAUAUACUUUCAGGAGCACUGCUUUCCUUUCCUAUAUUUUUCUUCUCUUAAAUGUCUGUCAACCAUCUGUAUUCUAAAAUGACGGAAGUGCUAGGACUGCUGAUUAACACAUAUUUGAUACAGGAAAAAAAAAAGUCUAAAAAGUCAGUUUUCAUGUUUCUUUUUAAAAAAAAAGAUUUUUGAAUCCUGGAUAUUAUAGAGUUUUUAUUCCAGGAAUAUGUGCUAGUUACCUUAAUAUAUUUUGUGUUGUGUUUUUAUCAUACAAUGUUAUUUGAAUACUUCAGUAAUAAUAUGUCAUACGUAGACUCAUCAGCUCCUGAUGGAAAUAUAUCAAAUAUCUCUGUAAUAAUUUAUUAAUGCAAGUCAGCAUCUUUUGAAAUCUGUGGUAUUGCUCUGACAGGUAGAAAGUGCAGAGCUCUGAACGUUGAGAGUAGGCUAAUGUAUUCUCUGAGUUCUUGUGAAUGUAGGUAAUAGUUAUUUCUACUGAGUCUUUUUUUUUUUUUUUUAAUAAAUACUUAGGGGAUAAAAAUUCAAGCAGAAUAAUAUUCAUACCUAUGCAGGCCAGUACAAGACCUGUGUGGGAAAUAAUUUCCACUCACACUCUACCAGAGUUAGUUUACGCAUAGGAACUUGUACUGGUUUUUGGAUGUGAUCUUUAUCCACAAUAUGUGCUUGAUUGUACAUCCCCUGCAAUGUGUAGAUCUUAAGAGUAUUAUUGUGUUUUAAAAGAAAAUAGGAAAAAUAGGUUGAGAGAGUAUUUCUUAAUAAAAUAAAAUAACACAAUUCACAAUGUUUUGAAGCUUAUAAUUUGAUAUUUCAUAAAAACUUAUUUCUUUCUGAAUUUAAAUGAAUGUACAGGAUAAUGAAAUACUGUAUGCACUCUCUGCUAUUUAUCUGCUUAUACACUUUUCAUGCACUUGUUUAACCUGUUUUUAGGUUGCUAAUAGUAGAAUUUAUCAUCCUUUAUGCUCCUUACUUAACCAUUUUUACUUUGCCAUAACUGUCUAUAUAUAUUUUUUUUUAAUUAUUCCCAGAAGGAAAUGCAAACCCAAAUAUUUUGUCUCAUUUUCUGACAUUCUUUUAAGCCAAUUCUCUUUCCAUCUUAACAUUUGAGGUUUAUUUUAUAAAAAAAUUCCACGGAGUAUGUUAUACUUAUGGACAAAGUUCAAAAAAGUCUUACAUAAGAGGAAAUAAAAAUUCUACGCAGGGAGAGAAAACAGGAAACAUCAAAGUGUAAUGAAAGGAAAUUCAGUACUUUACACUCAUCUGUACAAUGGGUUUUGAAAGAAAAAUAAAUAUUUAUUUCAGAGUGAGAGGAAUAAAAAAGUGAGUAGGGUCAGACUCAGCCUGAUUGUUUUGGGGUGGGAUAGGUUAGUUGCUGAUAUGAAUCUAGGCAGAUAUCUUCAGUGACUGUCAUCUGAGCUAACAAUACUGAAAUGAAACAGUACUGACACUUGGCUAAUACAAAGUGCACUGGCUCCUACAUACCUAAAUAGUAACACAUAUAUAUUUGUAACCAAUAUAACUAUGAAAAUUUCCGUGGAACAAAGUAUAUACCCCAAUCUCAUGUUUCUGCACAACUUACUAUAUACUUUUACAAAUUUGAUGAAAGCAAAUGAGUCAAUUUAAUUACCUACUUAAGUUCCUUGAUGAUGACUCUUUCAUUUACAAGGCAAAUAUAAAAUACAAUUAUCAUUUUAUUAUACAUAAAUUUACAGUAUUUAAUAUCCACUUAUAUGCUUAAAAAUUACAGUGUUAUUACAUUUUAUUUUAUUUUUUCCCCUGGAAAACUGAGCAAUCCCCAAGAAAUUCUAUUACUUCAGACUAAUAGAUAAUAUCUUUAUCUUCAGAUUGUACAUUCAGGGAUUCUUCUACCAGCUGCCUUAUGUUCCAUAUAUACAUACAGAUUGCUGACAAAGGAUAUUCUAUUAUAUGAUACUGACAGAUUGAAGCUCUCAUGUCUGUGAAUUUCAACUUGCAGCUUUGGGCUGCUAAGAUUAGUAGGCUUUUCAUUUCUCUACAUGCCCAGAAUCAUCAUUUGUUAGUUUUUGCAUAUUUCCAACUGUGCAAAGACAUAAACAGACGUAACAAAUCAUUAUUACAAAAUCAUAUCAUUUCUACUUCUGAUUGCCUAAUUGUGUUCAUUGCUUUGGAGAGACAAAAAUCUAGAUUUAUGAACCUAAUUCAGCAAUGUACUGAUGUAUUUAGCUUUAAGCAAAUAGUAACUUGAAUUAUUUUAUGUGUGAUGCAUGUUGUAAUUUCUUUAGUAAUAUGUGAGCAUUCCUUGCUAACUUUUUA